CCCCUGUGAGGUGCUCAGCUCCCGACUCGAGCUCCGCGGAGCGGGAAGAAAGGCCGUGCGUCCCCGGCCUUCGACAGGAACCGCGCUGAGCGUCCGCAGGGCAAGAUGAGCGUGAUCGCGGCAGCCGGGGAGCCUCUGCCCCGGCUCUGCUGCCUGGAGAAGGGUCCGAACGGCUACGGCUUCCACCUGCACGAGGAGAAGGGCAAGGUGGGCCAGUUUAUCCGACUGGUGGAGCCCGGCUCGCCGGCCGAGAAGUCAGGGCUGCUGGCCGGGGACCGAUUGGUGGAGGUGAACGGCGAGAAUGUGGAGACUGAGACGCAUCAGCAGGUGGUGAGCCGCAUCGGCGCUCAACUCUGUGCGCCUGCUGGUGGUCGACCCCGCGACGGACGAGCAUCUCAAGAAGCUGGGCNAACGGCCUCUCCUGAGUUCAGCUUUGAGACACUCUGUUCUUCGGCUCAUUCCCAGGAGGGACUUCCUCCGCCUGCCCUCCCCAGCACUGAGACCUGUGUGGGUCAUCCCCGUCCCUGCCCUGCCUCACAGGUGAAUGGUGUCUGCAUGGAGGGCAAGCAGCAUGGGGACGUGGUGUCUGCCAUCAAGGCUGGAGGGGACGAGGCCAAGCUGCUGGUGGUGGACAAGGAAACCGAUGAGUUCUUCAAGAAGUGCAAAGUGAUCCCAUCACAGGCACACCUGGAUGGACCCUUGCCUGAGCCCUUCACCAACGGAGAGAUACAAAAGGAGAGCAGCCGUGAAGGCCCGGCAGAGGCUGCUUCAGAGAGCCCCAGGCCAGCCCUGGCAAGAUCUGCCUCCAGCGAUACCAGUGAGGAGCUAAAUUCCCAAGACAGCCCCAAGAGACAGGCGUCCACAGAGCCCUCAUCUACCUCCUCCUCCUCUGACCCCAUCUUGGACUUCAACAUCUCCCUGGCUGUGGCUAAAGAGAGGGCCCACCAGAAGCGCAGUAGCAAGCGGGCCCCACAGAUGGACUGGAGCAAGAAAAAUGAACUGUUCAGCAACCUCUGAGCACCCGACCAGUCGCUGGCCAGUGCUGGAUGGUGGAGCCACCCACCCACCUGACCUAGCCUCCCCUCCUCCCCAGUCACCCACCAAUCAACAUUCAAAUCAGCAUCAGCACCCCCCCCACCCCUUCCUGACAAAUCUGAUUUUAGGAAUUCUGUCCUUCCCUCUCACCUUAGGGAAGGAGAAUGUUUCUGUCCCGUCCCCGUACUUAUCCCUGAGGGCUUCAUCCUACCAAGUGUCCCUCACCGGUCUGCCUAGGACAUCACUGGGACCCACACCAAGCAAGGAUCUUUGGACCAGGCAAGUUCUCCCUCAACUACAUGUGAUGACAAGUCCUGGGCUCACUGGGGACUGACUGUAGCGGCCAUUGCUUAUAAUGGACAGGGUGCCUGAGGUCCUCAGAGCUAUGGCUUGGGCUUCUUUGAUCCAUUUGAUUUUUUUUUUAAAGAGUGUAGCAUUGCAGAAUUUAGAGGGGUUCUUGUUUUCAUGAUUCUUGUGAUUUUCCCGGUUGUUUGUACCCAGAGCAUGGCAAUGGCUUCACCCUUAAACUUUUGUUUCUACUCUCACUCUGAAAGACCUGGGCAGCACGGGAAACCCAGGCUGCCUCUGCCUGUCCUGAGCCAGGUGCCACCACUGUAAGGAAACGCCUUCAGAAAUUCACUGGUUCCUUUAAAAAAAAAA